AUGAAUGUGAGCAGAGACAAGGUGGGUGACAUCUCCAUCCCGGCAGCGGCAGCUGCGGCGGUGACAGCCCCCGCAGGCUCGCUUGGCAUCGGCGGGGAGCCCUGCGGCUUGCCCGGGGAAGGCAUGGAGAGCCACGGGGAGCAGCGGCUCUCGGCCGGCGGCGAGCUGCCCCUCUACUCCUGCCCUGGAAAUAGGGACAGGCAAGGGGACGGGCAGAGCAACACCCCCGGACAAGAGGGGGCAGCGGGCGCCCUGCCCGCCGUGCACAGAACCACCUCUUUCUCCGUGCUCGACAUCCUGGACCCUAACAAAUUCAACAGCAAGAGGAGGCAGUGCGGGGGCUUGUACAAAUCAGGGGGAGCCCAGUUCCCGCUGGGGGCGGAGGAUAAGCUCGAGGACUCAGGGACGGAGCUGGCCGAGCAAAAAGCUCUCGCCGAAGAUUUCGACGUGUGCAAGAAGUCUGCGGAGCUCAUCAAGGAGGACGGCGAGCUCUACAAGGCCGAGGAGUGCGACCUGGACUGCAGCAGCAGCAGCCGGCCGAGCCGCAGCCCCGACAGUGAGCUGCAGGACGACGAGGAGCUGUGCGGCGAGGAGAGCAGCACCACCACCACCAGCAGCACCACCACCACCACCACAGGCGGCAGCGGCUCGGCGGCUCCCGGCGAGCCCGACCCGGGCCACCACCACCACCACCACCACCACGCCGAGCCCACCCCGCAGCCCCCUCCUCAGCCCCAGCAGCCCCCCCCGGCAGCGCCCGGCGGGGGGCAGCAGAGCCAGCAGGCCAAGCCCAAGAGGAAGCGCACGGGCUCGGACUCCAAGUCGGGGAAGCCCCGGCGGGCUCGGACAGCUUUCACCUACGAGCAGCUGGUGGCGCUGGAGAACAAGUUCAAGUCCACGCGGUACCUGUCGGUGUGCGAGCGCCUCAACCUGGCGCUGUCCCUCAGCCUCACCGAGACGCAGGUGAAGAUCUGGUUCCAGAACCGCCGCACCAAGUGGAAGAAGCAGAACCCCGGCGCCGACACCAGCGCGCCCACCGGCGGCGGCGGGGCGGGCGGCGGGGCGGGGGGCGGCGGGCUGGGGGGCGGCCUCAGCCCCCUCAGCCACUCGCCGCCCAUGGGCAACCCGCUCUCCAUGCACGGGCCCGGCAGCUACGCGGGGCACCCCGCCGGGGGGCUGGUGUGCGCCGCCCAGCUGCCCUUCCUGCCCAGCCCCGCCGUCCUCUCGCCCUUCGUGCUGGGCUCGCAGACUUACGGCGCCCCGGCUUUCUACACCCCGCAUCUAUAA